AUGCCGUCGAAGACGCAGCCGCCCCCUCCGCCCCCGGAGGUGGAGGCGUCCAAGAGCAUCGCUAGCGAACUGCGCAACGCGCCCGAAGGCGACAUCGCCGCGCACUGCGUGGCCUUCCUGUCCGCGGCCCACUCGACCGAGUUCGAGAACGCCGUCGUGGUCAACAGCAUCCCCGAGCUGGUCAUCGACGCCCUGAAGCACGCGACGGGCCCGCUGCGCGUCCACCUCAUCCACCUGUACGCCAAGCUCGCGUCCUUUCCCACCGAGGUGGGCCUCGGCGUCACGCACGGCGAGGGCCCCGUGAUCGUCUGGCGCUCGCUCCUCCAGGCGCUCGAGGAGCGCGAGGCCCAGAUGGCCGCCGAGGAGGCCGAGGAGGCCGACUUGGGCGCCACCAAGGGCGGGAAGAAGGAUGACAAGAAGGGCAAGGCCAAGGGGAACGAGGGGCCGCCGCCCGUGGAGGCGUUCUCGCCCGGCGGGAUCGACGCGCACCUCCGCGGCCUCAGCACGAGCUGCAUGCGGUGCACGGGGUGCCUGGACGACGUCGCCGCGGAGGGGCUCCCAGCCUUCGUGACGCUGUGCGAGCACGCGACGCCGCUCGUCCGGAGCCGCGCGUGGCAGCUCCUCACGACGCUCGCGCGCCGCCGCGCGCUCUCCACGGCCUUCCUGCGCGCGGGCAUCCCGGCCAUGCUGAUCGAGCGCGCCGGCUCGCCGGACCUCGACGUGUCCGUGGCCGCCCUGGAGGCCGCGCGCGAGCUCUGGAACACCUCCCCCCCGUGCCGCAUCGCGCUCCUCGACCUCGGCCUCCCUGCGCUGCUCGCGAAGAUCGUCUCCGCGGGGCCGCAGGAGCCCAGCGAGGCGCCGCUGACCGCCGCGCUCGAGGCGCUGCAGAGCGUUUGUAUGUUGAGCAUGUCGGCGGUUCGCAUGAUCCACAUGCGCGGGGGAGUCACGGUGCUCCGCGCCCUGCUGCCUGCGCCGGCGAACCCGAACGCCCCGCCGGCCGACGCGGUGCGCGAGGAGGCGUCGGAGCCGCCGGGCAAGGCGCCGCCGGAGCCGAAAGCGUCCGAGCGGAGCGACAAGAAGUCGAAGGAGUCGGCGUCGCAGGCGGAGAAGGCCGACUCGAAGCUGGAGAUGAGCCUGACGACCGCGGACGGCGCGGCGGCUGCCGAGGACAGCACGCUGGAGGAGGAGCGCCCGCUGCCGCUGCCGCAGCGACCCGCGGAGUCGCCGUGCACGUGGGCGGGGGCGCUGCGCGUGCUCGCGGCGCUCAUGCGGGUCGCGGCGUGCCGGAAGGACGCGCUGGAACGGGAACCGGAGCCCGACACAGGCCCCGGUGGGGACUUUGAGGACAUGGCCACCAGCGAGGCAGACAACCAACGGGGCGCCAUGAAGCUCGCGGAGGAGCAGGCCACGAGGGUCGCGCCGGGCGGGGACGCCUCCCCGACCCCGCCCCCCGCGGCACGCCCGACGCCGGACCCGGCCGCCCUCACCGCCGCAGCACCCACCCCCCCCCCGCUCCCCCAGCCGUCGCUCAUCCUCCACAUGCUCUGGCUCCUCCGCCAGACGCCCGAGAGCUCGCCCGACAAGGGCGACGACCUCUCGAGCACCGCGAAGACCAACAAGGCGCCCGCACCGGCGAAAAACAAGUCGAAACUGGACCAAGCGGAAGUGGUGACCGUGUCGCCGGCACCGCCCUUCUCGAACGGCGUGCAGAUGAGCGCGGCGGAGUGCCUGCAGGCCCUGGCGCUGGACCGGCAGGGCGCGGACAUGAUUGCGCGCGCGAAGGCGUUCCACGAGCUCCUGGCGGGGUUGGAGCACAUCCCGAAUCUGCUGCUCGCGGAGAGGGUCGCGGCGCUCCUGGGCGCCAUCGGAUCGCACGUGCCGCCGAAGACGCUCGACGAGACGCUGUCGGCGGCGACGCGGGUGAUGCAGCUCGCCAAGCGCGCCGCGAACACGGAGCUCAGCCUGCUGAAGAACACGAUCGGGCGCGUGGUGAUGGCGCACCGUCCGGAGUACCCGACGCGCCCGCCCCUGCCCAGUCCCCCCCCGAGCCCCCCGGGAGCACCCCCAGCCACCCACCUCAGCGUGUGGGACACCCUCGCCGACGGGCACCUCGCCAGCGGCAUCGCGCAGCACUCGUGA